AUAUAUAUUAAAGUAGAAUACACGUGUAAAGAUAAUAGAUGACAAAUCAAGUGUAGUACUUGCUAAAUAAAGUGGACCCACAAUUGGAAAAAAAGAAAAGAAAUUAAGUAUAAUUAAAGUAAAUCCAAAUUUAAUGUACAACUAGAUAACCUUUUAUACAAUUUGUCAAUGCUUGUGUUCGUCUUCCUCCACGUAUAUAUAAUAGAAAAAUCUACAUGAAUUUAAGGCGCACGAGUGAAACUUCAAAACAAAAAAAAAAAAACUUUAAAAGAAAAUGACAAUAAAAAGGACAGAUGAAAGGGCUGUUUGGCUUUGUGAUGGAACCCCAAACUAAAAAUCCCUAAAACCUAAGAUUUCACCUGCGAAUUCUUCGGUGGGUACUAUGACUUCUAACUCUUUUACAUGCUCUGCUGCUAAAUGAAAACUCUAUGCAUUUUGUUACUGUUCUAAUUGAAUCAGCCACCAUGACUCAAGCAUCUACUAGUAAAAGAGCUGCUGUUGAAGUGGAAAGAGAAGAUAUAAUCACUGCCCUGCCAAGAAACGUUGUUGAUCGCAUCCUUGAGCUCUUGCCGGUUCACGAUGCAGCAAGAACUUGUGUUUUGUCCAAAAAAUGGAGAGAUAUUUGGACCACUCUUCCGUAUCUGGUAUUGGAUAACUUAUUUUGCAAAAAGUUAACAGCAAAAUCUCAAGCUGUUUUCAGAAAAAUAGUUGAUGACAUUCUCUUACAGCAUAUUGGAGACACUGUGAAGUUUGUUCUUGACGUUUCAGAAGUACAUUUGUCUUCAUAUGCAGAUAUUAAUAGAUGGAUGCGUUAUGUCGCCAGAAAUGGUGUCAAGGAGCUAAGCCUUAACAUGUCAGAUAAUAGAAUUUAUAAAUUGCCUUCUUAUAUAUAUAAUUGUUCGACCAUGACACAUUUGCAACUCUUCAACUGUGUCUUCAAACCACCAAAUUCUUUUCUUGGCUUUCAGAAUCUUACAAACCUUCAUAUGGAAAGAAUAACAUUGGCGCCAACUGCAGAGUUUUGUGUUAUCAAUGUUCCCCUUCUUGUGGAAUUAGCCUUGAUGUUCUGUUGUGGCGCUCAAUACUUGAAGAUUGUUUCACCACAGUUGAAGAACUUGGGUGUUCAUAAGGGUCACUAUCUCAUUCUAAAUUGCUUUAUGAAUUGCAAAAAUUUGAGCAUGUUAGGGAUUGAAUUGGAAAAAGUGGUUGAUAAUCUGAAACAUGAUGAAAUAUCAACUUUGGAAAAGUUUCUUUUUAGCUUUCCUUCACUUGAACAACUUUAUUUGGGUUCCUUUGUCCUUGAGCUUUUGAAUGCAAACAUAGUUCUGGAUGAGCUUCCUUCCAAGCUCAACUGCUUGUGGCAUCUACAGUUAGGUGUUGACUUUGGCAAAGUGGGUCAGACUUCUUGUGCUCUACAGUUAAUCAAGAGUUGUCCUAAUUUGAGUAAACUUAUAAUUUGGGUCCAGGGUAGAGACGACAAUGCUGAAACAGUUAUGAAAUAUCUAGAAACACCAACCUGCUUGGACCAACCACUCAAGAAGCUCGAGUAUGUGACCAUCAGUUCUUUUGAGUGUUCGAAAACUGAACUGUUUUUCGUAAAGCUAUUGUGUGCUCGCACUCCAUCUCUGGUAAGGAUGUGCAUUGAGCAAGGGAUAGCCAUUGAUUCUAAGGAAGAAAGGAAUGUCACCAUAAAAUUGAUGCGUUUCCCCAGAGCUUCUACAAAGGCAGAGUUGUUCUAUUUUCCAUUUGAGGCUACAGACGCAGAUUGAUGCCUUUCUGUUUCAAAUGAAUUUUGUUAAACAAGGGACUGAAUUAGCGAAUUUUUUAAAAUUUGUGGCUUUCCUUUAAUGAUAAAUAUGUUCAUCACUUGGAU